UCCCUUUCUCUCUCUCUGUCUGUCUGUCCAGUCUUCUCUUCGUGGAACGAAAGAAAAUAAUCGGAUCGGCGGAGAAGAAAAAAGGAAGAGAAGGAAAGGGGAGGUAAAGACUAAUCAGUCAUGGUUUCGACGAGGCGUAGCGGAUCGCUAUCGACUAAUACUAGCAAGAGAUCUUCGUCUUCAGAUGACAAACCCUUGUCCCCCAAGCGACAAAAGGUUGAAACAGUUGCGGCAGCUGAGAAAUCAUCGCAGACUUCGGGAUCUUCGGAUAAUUCGAAGGAAUUGUGCUCGUCUCCAGCGUUAGACCCUGUAGAUUGCCUUCCAAUAGACCCUCCGAUCUCUGGAAGUGGUGCCGGUGACGCUGUAGAUUCUGAGAAGGGGGAGAAAGGGGAUGACGGGACCGCUCCGGCAGUUCCUGUAUCAUCGCCGAUCGCAGAUGCUUCUUCACCUGUUUUGGUGGACAAAGAAAGGAGUUCGUUCUCUUCAUGGAGUUCUUUCCAAAAGCAACAUACGAAUUCCGACACUUCCACUCCUUGGUGCAAGCUUCUGUCACAGUACACUGAGAAUCAACAUAUUCCCAUUGAUACAAAUCUGUUCACUAUCGGUUCGAGCAGAAACUGCAACUUCCCUUUAAAGGAUCUAAACAUUAGUGGCAUUCUAUGCAGGAUCAAGCAUACACAGCAUGAGGGCAAUGUGGUUGCCGUUCUCGAAAGCACAGGGAGCAAGGGGUCUGUGCAAAUAAAUGGGAAGGUUGUCAAGAAGAACACCAGCAGUGUUCUUAUCUCCGGUGAUGAAGUGAUAUUCGGUUUAGCAGGGAACCAUGCUUAUGUUUUCCUGCAACUCACACCUGAGGCUGCAGUUAAGGUCCCUUCAGUGGUUGGGGUUGCAGAGGCUCCAAGCAAUGUGGGUAAAGGGGUGCACCUUGAAAGAAAGUCUGGAGAUCCUUCAGCUGUGGCUGGAGCCUCUAUAUUGGCAUCUCUAUCGAAUCUUAGACAAGAUUUAUCACUUUUGUCUCCUCCAGCAAAAAUUGCUAGUGAAAGCCAACAAGGUACUGAAAUUCCUGUUUGUUCACUUGCUCAAGAUGGGCCAGAAAUGGACCUCCAUGGCCCAGAGAGGAAAGGUAAUUCGGAUCCAAGUGCAGAUAAAACCGUUGAGGUUGGAACUACCAGUCAAAGCCUCCACGUGGACAACAAUCAAGAGUCUGGUGUAGAGUUGGAUGUUGUAAAACUUCCAGGCGUGAAUGAUUCAUUAAGGCCUUUCUUGCGGAUGUUGGCUGGAUCAAGUAGUUGUGACCUGGAAUUGAGCAAGAAUAUCUUUAAACAGGUAUUGGAAGAAAGAAAGGAAUGGGCAAGGGAUUCACAGCAAACAUCAACGUCAGGUGUUUCUUCCAAAUGUGCAGCAUUCAAAGAAGAUAUUCAGGCUGCUAUUCUUGAUGGAAAAGAAUUACAAGUUUCAUUUGAUAGUUUCCCCUACUAUUUGAGUGAGAACACCAACAACGUCCUGAUUAGUGCAGUAUUUAUACAUUUGAAACGAAAAGAAUAUGCAAAAUAUACCUCUGAACUUCCUACUGUAAGCCCAAGAAUUCUGCUAUCUGGUCCUGCAGGUUCUGAGAUAUACCAGGAGAUGUUGUCAAAGGCACUUGCUAAUCACUUUGGGGCUAAAUUGCUUAUAUUUGAUAGCCACUCCCUUCUGGGUGUUCUAUCUUCAAAGGAAGUGGAGCUUCUGAAAGAUGGACUACGAGCAGAAAAGUCCUGUCUCUGUGCAAAGCCCCGUCCAGGUCAGAUGGAUUUAGUUAAAAGCACCACUCCCUCUGGUGGAGAGUCAGAUGCUUCAGGCCCUGCAGAUGUGUCCUCUUGUGCUUUGGAAUCUCAACCAAAACUAGAGACAAUCAAUGUGCCUGCAUCCUCUGGGACGUCUAAGAAUCAUCUUUUCAAGAUGGGUGACCGAGUGAGAUUUGUGGGUGUAGUCUCUGGUAGUUUGUACCCAACAGCUUCAGCUCCUUCAAGGGGCCCCACAUAUGGAUAUCGUGGCAAAGUUCUCUUGCCUUUUGAAGAUAAUUUGUUGUCCAAAAUUGGUGUAAGGUUUGAUAAACCUAUUCCUGAAGGUGUUGACCUUGGAGGUUUAUGUGAGGGAAGUCAUGGAUUUUUUUGCAAUGUCAAUGAUCUUCGUCUAGAGACCCCAGGUGCGGAGGAUUUGGACAAGUUACUCAUAAAUACAUUGUUUGAGGUUGUUUCCAGUGAGAGCAGAAAUUCUCCUUUCAUUUUGUUUAUGAAAGAUGUUGAGAAGUCUAUCAUAGGAAAUUCCGAAUCAUAUUCAGCAUUUAAGAGCCGACUGGAAAAGCUUCCUGAUAAUGUUGUCAUCAUUGGCUCUCAUUCCCAAACUGAUAAUCGUAAGGAGAAGUCACAUCCUGGAGGUCUCCUUUUCACAAAAUUUGGAAGCAAUCAGACUGCACUGCUUGAUUUUGCAUUCCCGGAUAGUUUUGGGAGACUGCAUGACAGAGGCAAAGAAGUCCCCAAAACAACAAAACUGUUGACAAAGCUUUUCCCAAACAAAGUCACCAUACACAUGCCGCAGGAUGAGAACCUCCUUGCGGACUGGAGAAAUCAAUUAGAUCGAGAUGUUGAAACUCUUAAAGCAAAGGGCAAUUUGAAUCACCUUCGCACUGUCCUGAAUCGCAAUGGGUUGGAGUGUGAUGGUCUCGAGACGUUAUGCAUCAAGGAUCAAGCACUGACGCUUGAAAGUGCAGAGAAGGUUGUUGGAUGGGCUUUAAGUCAUCAUCUAAUGCAGUGUCUUGAAGCUGAUCCAGGAGAUGCAAAGCUUGUUUUAUCCUGUGAGAGUAUCCAGUACGGGAUUGGAGUCCUACAAGCUAUCCAGAAUGAAUCUAAAAGCUUGAAGAAGUCUCUGAAGGAUGUUGUAACUGAGAAUGAAUUUGAGAAAAGGCUCCUGGCUGAUGUUAUUCCACCUAGUGAUAUUGGCGUUACAUUUGAUGACAUUGGAGCUCUUGAAAAUGUCAAGGAUACACUGAAGGAGUUGGUGAUGCUUCCUUUGCAGAGGCCUGAGUUGUUCUGCAAGGGACAACUGACAAAGCCUUGUAAGGGCAUUCUUUUAUUUGGCCCCCCUGGAACAGGGAAGACAAUGCUCGCAAAAGCUGUGGCCACAGAAGCUGGUGCCAACUUUAUCAAUAUCUCAAUGUCUAGCAUCACUUCUAAGUGGUUUGGUGAGGGCGAGAAGUAUGUAAAAGCUGUCUUCUCACUAGCAAGUAAAAUUGCUCCUAGUGUUGUAUUUGUUGAUGAGGUUGAUAGUAUGCUGGGCCGGAGAGAAAACCCUGGAGAACAUGAGGCAAUGCGAAAGAUGAAAAAUGAGUUUAUGGUGAAUUGGGAUGGGUUACGCACGAAAGAUAAGGAACGGGUUUUGGUGCUUGCUGCCACAAAUAGGCCUUUUGACCUUGAUGAGGCUGUUAUUAGAAGGCUUCCUCGCAGAUUGAUGGUAAAUUUGCCGGAUGCUCCAAAUAGAGCAAAGAUCCUAAAAGUGAUACUCGCGAAGGAAGACUUGUCUCCAGAUGUUGAUCUGGAUACAAUUGCAAGUAUGACGGAUGGCUAUUCUGGAAGUGACCUCAAGAAUCUCUGUGUAACUGCCGCACACUGUCCAAUUAGAGAGAUAUUGGAGAAGGAAAAAAAGGAGCAUGCUGUAGCACUGGCAGAAGGCAGAUCCCCUCCAGCUCUGAGUGGGAGUGCCGACAUUCGGCCUUUGAACAAGGAGGAUUUCAAAUAUGCACAUGAACAGGUCUGUGCAAGUGUAUCAUCUGAGUCUGUGAACAUGAGCGAGCUGCUACAGUGGAAUGAACUCUAUGGCGAAGGGGGGUCAAGAAGGAAAAGGUCCCUCAGCUACUUCAUGUGAAGGCAUAAAAAUGUACAAAGGUUCAUUAUAUUUUCCUUUUUCGGUUCCAUACCAUCGAGCACAAAGUCAGGUGGUCUUGUCUCUCAAAUGGCUGCGGCUGACCAAGGCUAACUGGAGGAUGGGGGUGGUGGAGGUGGAAGUGGAGGUGAGGGUGGAGGGGUUGCGGGUGGUUAGCUGGUCCAAGCUUGACGCCGGGGCUGGGGGGCAUGUUUUGUAUAAUACAAAUUAUUACUAAUUAGAUAUAUAUAUUAUAAUGCGUAGAUAGCAUCGGUUAGAUAUCAUCGGUUUAAGUUAAAUCUUGGGUCAGUUGGUUACUGGUGAUUUAGUUAUGGAGGGAAUGGGCCUUCUGAAGUUUUGGCAUGGCUCGUUGCGUCUCUUCUGUUUCUCCAGCCACCCCAGCAACUGACCUCGUUGCAGAAACAUUCCAAGGUGUUGUGGAUCUCUUUGUGUAAGUAGUGCUAGAGCAUUUUUUUUUUUUUUUUUUUUUGGGGUGAAGUUCAUAUUUAGUUGGUUUAGUUCAGUUUUGCUGUGUUGACCAUGCAGUGUUGAAAGAGCAUUUCUGUAAACAGUGCUUCGGCCUGCAUGAAAUUUAAUCUGAGAGCAUAAUGACAAUAACAUAAAGCAGAUCCUGUACCUGUAACUAUAAUGGGCAUGUAAGGAAUUUCGGUUAAAGUA